CUUUCGUCCGUGUCAACAUGGCGACAUCCAUGGCUUCCCAGGCUGCAGCAAGAGGACUGAGGACGGCGACCUCAAAGCGCACAUUUCUCCAUCAGUUCAAGUGUACAUUAAAUCCAAAGAGAUGGCUGAAUCUGCAAGAAUACCAGAGCAAGAAGCUGAUGCAAGAGAGUGGUGUCACUGUCCAGCGCUUCUAUGUCGCAGACACAGCGUCUGAAGCCUUGGAGGCUGCAAAGAGACUGAAUGCAAAGGAGAUAGUGCUAAAAGCUCAAAUUCUGGCUGGUGGCAGAGGAAAGGGUGUGUUUGACAGCGGCCUUAAAGGUGGCGUGCACUUGACUAAGGACCCUGUGGUGGUCGGCGAGUUGGCCAAUAAGAUGCUGGGUUUCAACCUGACUACGAAGCAGACACCUAAAGGAGGAGUGAAAGUGAAAACAGUGAUGGUCGCGGAGGCCCUGGACAUCAGCAGGGAGACCUACUUUGCCAUUUUGAUGGACCGCGCUUGUAAUGGCCCUGUCAUGGUGGGAAGCCCCCAAGGUGGUAUGGAUAUUGAAGAGGUAGCUGCCAGUACCCCAGAACUAAUUUUCAAGGAAGUCAUAGAUAUAUUUGAAGGUGUGCACGACGACCAGGCACUCCACAUGGCAGCUAAUUUGGGUUUCAAAGGACCUCUACAGAGACAGGCAGCAGAUCAGAUUAAGAGGCUCUAUGAUCUAUUCCUGAAAGUCGACGCCACUCAGGUUGAAGUCAAUCCUCUUGGAGAGACUCCCGAAGGACAAGUGGUUUGCUUCGAUGCUAAAAUCAACUUUGACGACAACGCUGAGUUCCGUCAGAAGGCUGUGUUUGCUCUGAACGACAUGACUGAGAGCGACCCCAUGGAGAUUGAGGCGGCCAAAUGGGACCUCAAAUAUAUCGGAAUGGAUGGAAACAUUGCCUGCUUUGUGAAUGGAGCUGGCUUGGCCAUGGCUACAUGUGACAUAAUUGACUUGCACGGAGGAAAACCUGCUAAUUUUCUGGACUUGGGAGGUGGAGUCAAAGAGAGGCAGGUGUAUGAGGCCUUCAAGCUGCUUACGGCUGACCCUAAGGUUGAGGCCAUCCUUGUCAACAUUUUUGGUGGUAUUGUCAACUGUGCCAUCAUCGCCAACGGCAUCACCAAGGCUUGCCGGGAACUGGAGCUCAAGGUGCCCCUUGUGGUCAGGCUUGAAGGCACCAACGUCCACGAGGCUAAGAGGAUUUUGACAGAGAGCGGCCUGCCCAUCACAGCUGCAGAGGACCUGGAUGAUGCUGCCAGGAAAGCAGUGGCUGCCAUCAGGAAGUAGACGAGGGUACUUUCUGUGCAGUCUGCGUAACGUCACCACACUCAGUUUGGCCCUUUGUGUGUCACAAAACAACAUAGUCACCUUCAGCAUUUAUUUCCACGUGAAUUUUUUUUUCUCUAAGUCUGUGAUCUGAUAAAGGCCGUAGCACCAACCUUAAAUCUUAUUGUAUUGUCAGUUGCCAGUCUGUAUCAUCACAGGGUGAUGUUUAAAUUUGGUGUUUUUAAUGGCAGGUUAUUUUUAUUUUUCCCCUCCCUGUUAAAUUGGUAAUGAUUUGAGUUGAUCAUUUGCUAAUCUGUAGUCUUUUUUCUUUUUUAAUUUAUUUUUUUUCAAAUGCUUUAUGCAUUUAACUUUACAAGGCUGAAAACACACAUCUGUCCAUUGCAUAUCAUUUUAUUUAUAUGGGUUAUAAUUUGUAGAAUAUUAAUUAACUGCAGUUUUUCCUUCAUCUUUGGUGGUGCGUAAAACAAAAAUGCAUCAUGUCUGAAGUAUUGUCCCUGGGUUACUGUGAAAUCAUCUAACAUUUUAGCCAAAAUACAACAUGUCUCAGGUAACAGAUGACACCCGGUCAAAGCCCUUCUGUAUAUCAUUGACUUAUGUUUGUCAAAGGAGAGUAUGAAGGUUCCACAUUUAUACUCUGUAAAUUUUGUACAUUGUAGUUUAACAGUAAAAUUCCAGUCUGAGG